AUGAAUCUCCGCUGGUCUCUGGGUUUCCUUUUACCUCAGUGGAUCCUCCAGAAGUCCACCAGACCCUUCAAAGACUCGAGGAAGACAGUGUCAAAGAUUUCUGGAGUCAAGGUGGAUCCUCCGGAAGUCCACCAGAACCCCUUCAAACCCCCAGAACCCCUCCAACCCCCCAGAACCCCUUCAACCACCCAGAACCCCUUCAACCACCCAGAACCGAACCCCUUCAACCACCCAGAGCCCCUCCAACCCCCAGAACCCCUUCAACGCCCCAGAACCACUCCAACCACCCAGAACCCCUUCAACCACCCAGAACCGAACCCCUUCAACCCCAACCUCAACCCAGACCCCUUCAACCCAACCCUCCAACACCGCCCUCCAACCCCCAGAGCCCCUCCAACCACCCAGAGCCCCUCCAACCCCCCCCAGAACCCCUUCAACGCCCAGAAGCCCUCACCCAACCCCCCCAGAACCGAACCCUUCACCAACCCUCCAACCCCCGAACCCCUUCAACCCGAGCCUCCACCACAGACCCCUCCAACCCCCCAGAACCCCUUCAACCACCCAGAGCCCCUCCAACCCCCCAGAACCCCUUCAACCACCCAGAACCCCUUCAACGCCCCAGAACCACUCCAACCACCCAGAACCCCUUCAACCACCCAGAACCCCUCCAACCCCCCAGAACCCUUCCAAACCCCCCAGAACCCCUUCAACCACCCAGAACCGAACCCCUUCAACCACCCAGAGCCCCUCCAACCCCCCAGAACCCCUUCAACCCCCCCACCCCCCCCACCCCACCCCCGACUCUCAGUGAUAUUCCACAUAAGCCUUUAUUUACACCAUCGUUGUUAA